AUGGCCGACCUUGACCGGAGUCGUCGCCGGGUAGAGCUGAAUAAUCAGCGUCUUCACUGGAUUUCAGUUCUCGUAGAUCUUGCAGUUUUCUAUCUCUUUGGCCUGGCGUUUACUCUUCUGUACCCUCAUAUUGCAACCUUCUUUCCAAGCUCAGGCUUUGACCUUUCGAAACUGUAUUCCCUCGCAUAUGACGAGCGCUUCUACCAACUCUUUAUAGGCCCUUGCCGCCUCCACAAGGACGGCGGCCUUCCGCAUGCAGGCUGUAUACGCCUCAUACACUUUCGGCCAGAUCCCGACAGCUCACCAGACUCUGCCGGCCACUUAGUCGUAGAGAACCGGGUGUUCCCAAUCACUUCGGCGCCUACCUACCGCGCUCUGAGCUACACCUGGGGUGAAGCAUUCGGCAAGCCUGGCGAACACAGCUUCACGCCACGCUCCGCACUCUAUGGAGGCCAACCAAUACCUAGCAAUCUUGCAUCCGCUUUCGACCGGCUGGCGCGUCUCAAUCUUGAGGAAGAUGAGUGGAGCGCCUGGUAUUGGGUUGACUUUGUAUCCAUCGAUCAAGAGAAUAUUCGGGAGCGUGGGGAGCAGGUCGGCAAUAUGCACCGCAUCUAUCAACAGGCCGAGGCUGUUGACAUCUGGCUUGGCCCGGCAGACGAUUCUGAAGCUUCACAGGUCACUGAGGUCCUGCGUUACAUUGUUCACCAUGCUGAUUCGCCCGGAAACCGAUGUAGACCACGGUUUCCUAACCACCUCAUACCCGAUAGGGAGUGGGACAUCCUCGCCAGCUUCUUCUCCCGCCGUUGGUUCCACCGCCUAUGGACGUUGCAAGAGUUUGCGCUUGCAAGCCAAGUGCGCAUCAUGCUCGGCGAUGAGUACAUUGAUCCCGCCCUGCUCUGGCGUGCUGCGACGUUCCUCUAUAACCGCGCUAUACCUCUUCCACUGCACUACGGGCAUAAUCACUCGGCGGGCUACGCAAUAGUCCAGUUCAGUAUCCUCCGGAAAUGUGUCGAGGAUACUGACCAACUCCUCAGACUUCUCCCCAUGUUUGCUACACGGGAAAACCGGCGGCCAGAUUACGAGACUGUGUUGGCUUGGUUAUUUUGGCGUAGUGCCGCCACAUUCGCGACUGACGCACGCGACUACAUAUAUGGAAUUCUGGGAAUCGCAGAUACCAUCAUGGAAGACCUUGCACAGGCCACCGAAUGCAACAGCAACGUGAGCCGUUGCGCUCCAGCAUACACACCUAUCAAGCCCGACUACUCCCUAGACACAGCGAGAGUUUUUCGAGACUUUAUCAUCCGUCUGAUGUAUGGCAGCGUGGGCAUUCGAGCCAUGACGCUCAUACAAGGGAGAGGUGAGAUCGGCGCCUUUGAGUCUGGACGUGAGCUUCAACGACACGCCCAGCCGACGUGGAUCGACCACGAGGGCAAAUCUCCAUCUUGGAUUCCCAACCUCGCUCACAAGAACAUGUUCCCGCUAUCUUCCGGCGGGGGGCCCUCGUUCAUCCAAGUUAUCUUCCACACAGCGUUUCCAUAUCCGAGAUACUAA